AUGUUACCCUUUAGUAAAAGGAGAUACUUGGCGCCUCAGUUAAGAAUUUCAGAUCAGGAAAAUCGAAAUCGACCAUAUUUCUUGCGUUUGAUAGCUUUGUUUUUUAAUCGACCCGUGUUCCUGACGGGGUUACGGUUAGGGUUAACUAUGUGCGUACUGUCUAAAUACGAAAAACUUGGGUUUUUCUUGCUCAUGCUGAGCGUUUCAUUUUAAGUAGUUCCAACGUUUUGUUCUUUAUUUCUCAUUUGGUAUCCUUUAUAAGUUAUCAUGCUGGGGUUAUUUCGGUUUGCUCGGUCGGCCAUGCGUUUCAGUCAAAUAUCACACUUGCCACCUGUUACCCCAUUCAGUAGAAGGGCCUUCGAAAAGAGGACAAAAAUUGUUGAAUGUGGCUUUCACACCAGUAGACCCAGGGCUGCCAUACCACCUUUGGUUUUGAUUUUAAUGAGACCUGUCUUGAGAGUUGCUGCAUUCCUUGCUGGAAGAAAUUUCCGUAAGUGGUGGCGUGCCUUACCAAAAGAAAAGCGAGAAUACUACUGGUCAAGGAUCAAGGAGAAAAAAUGGAACAUUGCUGGUGGAGGGGCCAUUUCAAGUGCUAUGGCUUAUUGGUUCUACAUGUCCCAUCUGGAGGUUGAACCAAUAACUGGCCGAGAAAAGUUUUCCAUUGUUUCCCCUAAGCAAAUUCAAGAACUGUCUCAAUUGGAAUUUCAAGCAAUAUGUUUGGAGUUUGCCAAUCGCAUUGUACCCACUCAUCAUCCUUAUUACGCUCGAGUUAAACAAGUAGCCAAUCGUUUGCUCGUAGCAAACAAACAGUUACCGCAGAUUUAUACGAAAACAUGGACAAUAACUGUUUUGGAUGAUCCGGGAAAUAUGAAUGCUUUUGUUUUGCCUAAUGGAAACAUCUUUGUAUUUACGGGGAUGCUGGACAUUUGUGCAACAGACGAUGAAUUGGGAAUCGUUUUAGGACAUGAAAUCUCUCAUUGUCUCUUGGGCCACGCGGGUGAAAAUGUCAGUCGAGAACAUCUUUUGGAGUCUAUUAAGUUGGUGCUCAUUGCCUUAGCGUGGGCCAUUCUCCCGUCGGAUUUAUUGAGCUUGCUUGGAUACAGUAUUGGAGCAGGAGCUGUUAAUGCUACACUUCGCUAUCCUUAUUCACGGCUGCUGGAGAAUGAAGCAGACCAAGUUGGGAUUCAUUUGGCAGCUAAGGCUUGCUUCGACGUUAGAGCUGCCAUAGCGUUUUGGGCUAAGAUGGAUCUAAUCUACGAAUAUGAUCAACUUAGUUCGCUAGAGUGGCUAUCGACCCAUCCUAGUCACAAAACCCGACAGGCCAAACUCGAAGAACAACUUCCAGAUGCCAUAAACUUUCGGAAUUACUGCAAGUGUCCCGAUCUUCCAGCUCGGGACCCUCGCCAGGAAAUUGAGAGCUUUCGUAAGUCUAUGUUGGAGGGAAUGCAUAAAACAAUGCCCGUCGGUGUUAUCCUAGUUGUUCCUGAUAUGGCCGCCUAUGCAACUGGGAAGGAAUAAUAGCAACAUUUGCUUGUACAUAGUAUAUAAUGCUGUCACAGAGCUUCCCUGGUUUUUGACUUUUCGACAUACAUCUUGGUUGGUUUCUUGGUUUCACAAAGAAUAAA